GUCACGGGUUAAUUUCAAUUUUGACGCCAUGCGAAGGUUUCUUUCAAAAUCAUUCUUCGCUUUCAGUCAUUCUCGAUGUAUUUUAUGAUGCAUUAUUUUUUACCUCCUCUUACUUUGUUUAUUGUUGUGUUCACCGCUUUCACAAAUGUAAAAGGUCAGGCAAUCAAAGAUGAAGACGAGUUGAAAGGUCGAAGGAUAGUCUGCCUGUACAAUCACAAGCAGUAUUACCACCAGGGACACAACGUGAGCGAUAUUGAUGCACAUUCAUGCACCCACCUCAACUACGAAUUCGCUACACUCAAUCGGGAAACAUACCUCAUGGAACCUGGAGAUCCCGAACUCGAUAUACACCUCAACAUGUUUCAAUCAGCCACCGACUUGAGACAUAAGAAUCCCAAACUAAAGGUUCUGUUGUCACUGGGCGGGUGGCAAGACAGCACCAAAAAGUAUUCGGAGUUGGUGGAAUCUGGUGCAAGGGUGGAUCAUUUCAUCAAUGAGGCGGUGGAGCUGUUGAACAAGCAUUCUUUCGAUGGUUUAGACGUUGCGUGGGAAUAUCCAAACUGUUGGCAGGGGGCUCUGGGUGUCAGCCCUAAAGAUAAAAAGAACUACGCAGAAUUUCUAGAGAAACUACGAAAAAGAUUCGAUAAAGAAGAUAUGAUUCUGUCCAUAAGUGUUGGUGCCAUAGAAAGAGAGAUAUUAGCUGCUUAUGAUGGACCUAAGGUGUCAAAGUCAGUUCAUCAUAUAAAUGUGAUGACUUAUGACUUGCAUGGUCCCUGGGAAACGACCACUGGUCAUCACACACAAAUGGACAAAGUGGAAGGGGACAAGGACGCUAAACUGAAUGCAAUGGCGGCGAUGCAGGUGUGGGUGGAUCUAGGGGUGGAGAAGAAGAAGUUGAAUCUAGGGAUAGCUACCUAUGCAAAGACAUUCACUCUCGUCAAUCCUGCCAUCCACGGCCUCAACGCCCCCGCCAAGGGACCCGGUAGACCCGGCUACGUCACAAAACAAAGUGGAUUCCUUUGCUAUUAUGAGAUUUGCCAAUACCUGAAUGCAGGCAACUGGACUGAGGACGAGCACAAAUCUGCCGGUUUCUACGCUUAUUCGGGUGACCAAUGGGCAUGCUAUGAUCCACCUAUGAUGGUGGUCAGAAAAGCGAAAUGGGUGAUUGAGAAUGAUUACGGGGGUGUCCUCAUCAAAGACAUGAGCUGCGAUGAUUACCAGGGCAUCUGUUACUCCAUGCACUACCUCCUCACCAAAAUGACUCAAAUGGAAAUGAUUCACAAAUUGAAACAUUCUGCAGAACUGUAACCACCACACAGCAAAGAAUCCUCACCUAUCUGGAAACAACAAUGAAUAAAAAUGGCGCGACAAAAUUGAAACAGCGACUCUUUUAUGCUGUAAUAACUUCAUUCACUGAAAAAGCAACAACUUGAAAUAAUUUUAAAAUCAACCUUUGGGUAGGAGCGUGGAAAAAUAGGGCCUAUAGAGGCUAAUUUUCCAAGCAUUAUUUUCAUUUCCUUCUUUAUCUGAAAAUUUGUUCUUUUUUUUUUAUAAAAUUUUUAAAAACCCCUGAUAAAAUGACUUAUUUUGAUUUAUCAUUGUUAUAAACUGUCCCGCAGUGGACAAGACACGAUUCCCAGUAGAGCAGUGGCUGCAGUCAGUAAGCGGGUGGUUAUGAUCAGUCUGCGUUGGGAUUGAAACAUUCUGCAGAAGCGCGGUAAACUAUUUUACCUUAAAGUGCUCGCGCUCAAGUCAUUGGGCUACCAAAGCUAUCCACUCUGCUGAGGAUCAAGAUUGGGAUGUCUCCCAAACCGUCGCCAAUAGUCCAUUGUGCAGCUUUAGUGCGACGUGAAUAAAGUACCUGCCUACCUUUAAAAAUUUUAUAUUGAAGUUUUGCAACACAUUUUCAGAUAACUAAACUAAUGAGAAAAAUAAUUUUUCAAGCACUUCUGCCGAACGGAACAUUUUAAAUGUUUUUUCAGAUAUUGCUUCUCGUAGAACUAAUUUUAGAAUGCUUCUGAAAAGAUGUCUCUGACUGAGUUAACACUAAAGGAAUCGUUUUUAGAUACUUUUUCUUUUGCUCUAUGGUUCAUUUUCAAGAGGUGGCUAUUUGAAUAAAUUUAAUUUCACUUUAUUAAAAUUAUACAUUGUAUUCUACUAGAAUGUGAUAUGUUUGAUAGUACAAAUAAAACAGAAAAUGUCUCAAAUCUAUACUUUAAAAGUCAUCUAUCACGAUUUUAUAGGUUAUUAAAUUGUCCACUUACCACUUUUUUGAACUAAGAUUUUUUUUAUAUAUACAGAAGUGUGCUUUCUUUAAAAAAAGUUCACUGGCACAUUAUUUUACAAAAAGCUCUUUUGGCUCAUUAAGAUUGGAAUAAACUGAACUCAAUAAACGUUUUGUUGGGA